GUCAUUGCUGUGUUCAGAUUUUUAUGAGUUUUGUAUACGUGGUGUUUGGAUGAGUAUUUAGUCCAUUUUCUCCACUUUCUUCAGUGAUAUGGCCCCAAUAAUGGCUUCCGCAACUUGUACCGCACCUGUUAACAUCGCUGUCAUCAAAUACUGGGGAAAGCGAGAUGAACAACUCCUCCUCCCCAUCAAUGACUCUAUCAGCGUAACCUUGAGUGAGAUGUAUGCAAAAACUACCAUUGUAGCGUCGCCGGAAUUCUCUAAAAAUAGAUUAUGGCUGAACGGACAGGAGCAGACCUUUGACUCACCUCGAAUCAUCAAUGUUUUGCAGCAAUUUCGGCAGGAGGUGGAGAAAUGUGGCAUCAAAGGUGAUGUUUAUUCCUGGAAUUUGCAUAUUUGCUCAGAGAACAACUUUCCCACGGCAGCCGGAUUGGCAUCCAGUGCUGCCGGCUAUGCGUGUCUCGUGUACACUCUGGCCACCUUGUAUGGGCUCCAGGACAAGAUAGAACUGUCCUCCAUAGCCAGAGUUGGCAGCGGAAGCGCCUGCAGGAGUGUUUAUGGGGGUUUUGUCCAGUGGCAAGCGGGAAAACUGCCGAAUGGCUCAGAUUCUUUGGCUGUUCAGUUAGCUCCGAGCACUCACUGGCCUGACAUGGAGAUCCUCAUCCUGGUGGUGAGUGACAACCGCAAGAAGGUCAGUUCUACCGGCGGAAUGGAGCGCUCUGUGAAGACAUCGACUCUAAUUCACCACCGGGCGAUGCAAAUCGUUCCCGAAAGGGUGGAGAAGAUGAGGAAAGCUAUCCAGGAAAGGGAUUUCGAGACCUUUGCUGAAAUCACAAUGAAGGACAGCAAUCAAUUCCACGCCGUCGCUCUUGACACAUUCCCUCCCUGUGUCUAUCUGAACGACGUCUCGCACGCCAUCAUCGAUUUGGUGCAUCGCUUCAACGCGGCGUCCGGAAAGACAAGGAUUGCCUACACUUUCGAUGCCGGUCCCAAUGCGUGCUUCUAUCUGAUGCGCCAGGACGUGCCGCAAGUGCUUAAUCUCAUCAAGAGAGCCUUUCCCAACGAUCGCGACGCCACGCCGGACUACGUCAAGGGCGUUCCGGUGGUCGAAGAGCCCGUUCCAGAAGCUCUGGCAUCGGAGAUGCGUCUGGAGAGCGUCGGACAGAAUCUCCUGAAGUACAUCAUUCACACGCGAGUGGGAGAUGGACCCCAAAUCCUGCCCAGCAGUGAAUCACUUCUGGAUGCCGCUGGCCUUCCGAAGACAGCGUAA